GCAGCAGCAGCUGAAGGCAGCGACAGAAGGCGACGACUCCUCAGCUCGACUGGCUGCUCCUCUGAGCCCUGCACAAUGCGAAGUUUGUUCUCAGUGACGCUGCUGCUGCUCCUGGCCCUGACGCUCACCGCCGAGGCCACCAAGAGAGGCAGAACCCACAAAGGUGGCAAACAUGAUAAAUCCAAGGCUGCUUCAGAGUGCUCCGCUGCAGAGAUGCAGUAUGGGAAAUGUGUGCCAGAGCAUGGAGACUGUGGAGACGGCCUGAGGGAGGCCACAUGCAACGACCGCACCGACAAGAUCCCAUGCAAGAUCCCCUGCAACUGGAAGAAGGACAUCAGUGACUGUAAGUAUAAGUUUGGGCCGUGGGGACCCUGCGACGCUGCCACCAACACCAAGAACCGAUCAGGAACCCUGAAGAGAGUGCUGUUCAACGCAGAGUGCCAGACUACCAUCAAAGUGUCCAAGCCCUGCUCCUCCAAAGUCAAGAAAACCAGAGGGGAGAAGAAGCCAAACUAAAGGCUGAAACGAGACGCAGAACACAGCAGGAUUUCUCCUCCUCCAGCUGAACAAUCGUCUUCACUCCUUCAAACACGAACAACCGAGAGACUCCUCCGAAACACGCCAACCACCUUUCACUUUGGCCUCCUUUUGAUUUUAUUGUUUCACUGGUUUCUGAGUUGAUGUGUGUAUUUGGUUAAGUGUGGAAAGCCUUUUCCAGUAUCCCCCCCCCUAGAUGAUGACUAAUACUGUCCUCGUAGCUUUUAGUUUAACGGAUGGUCCUAAAAGAUUUUACUGUAGCUGAAAUUAAAUUAACAUCUGAGAGACGUUCUGGUCCGAUCUGAAAGACACACGACGGUCAGGGACAUCUUCCACCAGAUUAUCAAGAGUUUUGUUUUUAGACAAGUUUAGAAUUAUCACCUUUAAAGUAUGUACAAAUUUGGAAGGCUUGGGUGGAGCUGUAAUGACAUAAUCUUCUAUAAAAUCUAUUUUUGAACUGUAGUUUGAUGGUGCAAGAGGAGACUUGUAUAAAUGAUCAAAUUAAAUACUGUACAUUGUUUUGGUGAUGA